UACCGACCGCCAAAAGCCGAAGAAGAAACAAUGUGGGCAUGCGCACUACACAUCUACAUUGGCAUGAUCUCAACGUCGUGCUGUUGAUAAUCAGGAAGGAUCUGCUUUGAGCUCCUGUCCAGUGUUGGCUGGACUAACCUGUGUGUGUCCCUGCGUGAUUGAGCCCAUUAUCUUUCAAAGAUGGAUUUCCAGCAUCGAGCUGGAGGGAAGACUGGGAGCGGUGGGGUGGCCUCGGCCUCUGAGAGUAACCGCGAUAGACGAGAGCGGUUACGUCAGCUGGCCCUGGAGACCAUCGACAUCAACAAAGACCCAUACUUUAUGAAGAAUCAUUUAGGAUCGUACGAGUGCAAACUUUGCUUGACACUUCACAAUAAUGAGGGCAGCUACUUGGCUCACACACAAGGAAAGAAACACCAGACCAACUUAGCGCGGAGAGCAGCCAAAGAAGCAAAAGAAGCUCCUGCUCAGCCAGCUCCAGCAAAAGUGAAGGUUGAAGUCAAGAAGUUUGUCAAAAUUGGUCGACCAGGAUACAAAGUGACAAAACAGAGGGACCCAGAGACCGGACAGCAGUCUUUACUUUUCCAGAUUGACUACCCAGAAAUCGCUGAAGGAAUUGGACCAAGGCAUCGUUUCAUGUCUGCUUACGAGCAGCGCAUCGAGCCCCCUGAUCGUCGCUGGCAGUACCUGCUUUUGGCUGCUGAACCAUAUGAGACUAUUGCCUUUAAGGUCCCCAGUAGAGAAAUUGAUAAAGCAGAAAACCGCUUCUGGACCCACUGGAACAGAGAAACUAAACAGUUCUUCCUACAGUUCCACUUUAAAAUGGAGAAAGCUGUUCCUCAGUCCAGUGGACCCCCGCCAUCCGCAGGUGUGAAGCGCCCUCCGCCUCCUCUCAUGAGCGGAGUUGGACCUCGACCACCAAAUGAGUCUCUGCCUCCUCCUCCGCCAGGAGGGAUGCCCCCUCUCCCACCAGGUGCCCCAGGUACCCCUCACAUGCCCCCGCAGAUGCCACUGCCCCCCAUGCCAAUGAGGCCGCCUCCUCCUGAUGGCCUUUUGUCAAAUAAUUGAUCUUCCACCAGCUUAUCAUGAUUAUUUUCUUUUAUGGUAUUUUUCAGUGAUGUUUAAAGUCUACAUUUAGUAGAUUUUUAUACAUUUGUUUUGUUGAUGUAAAUGUGUAGGACAGCCCGUACGACCACGCUGUUUUGUAUAAAUACUUGGAUUCUGGAUAUGGAGCUAUGAUUAAAGAUAGCUCAUCUUUUAAGAUUCUGUUUUUGUAAUUAAAUUUUGUGGAGAAAAA